GAUUGAUUUUGAGGGGAAUUAGCCGUGUAUUACGGGACGUGCGAAAUAGAAAUCCGCUCAAUAGGUGAUAAAUUCUCUCGAAGAAAAUUUUCGCAUCGUCGUUGCGGUUCGGCUUCAUUGCUUCGCACGAGGUGUAAGAUUGCACGAGUGGCUUCUCUCCUUCGACGACGUUCCGUCUGCCUGUCGGAUCGGAAGUGGCGACAUUUUCAUCGGAAGUAAUGACGGGAGCUCGCUAGGUUGUGAAGGAUGGAGAUUCAAUUCUCAGUUUUCGUUCAUAUGGUGCUGCUAUAAAGGUCUCAUCCAACAUUGCUCUUCUCAAAUCAAAAGCAUUUGAUGAUUUAUAUAUUUGUGAGCUUUCUCUAACUUCAGGAGGUUAGAUGUGAGGCCAGAUCGUUCAAAUAUGCAUUUACGAACCAGCACUGGAGAUGUUAGUAGACACAGUGUUUCCAAUACACCAAGUUGCUCUAGUCAUACUUCCGGACAAGAUGACAUUGAAUCUUUGGGUGAUGUCUACAUCUGGGGAGAGGUUUGGAGUGAUGGGAUCUCACCAGAUGGUCACAGUAAAUCUCUUUGCUUAAAAGUAGAUGCCUUGCUUCCAAAAGCUUUAGAGUCUAAUGUCGUUAUAGAUGUUCAUCAAAUUGCUAGUGGCUUCAGGCAUGCUGCCCUUGUUACUCGGCAGGGAGAAGUAUUUACAUGGGGUGAAGAAUGCGGUGGUAGACUUGGGCAUGGAACUGAUAUUGAUAUUAGUCGACCUCGUUUAGUUGAAUCAUUAGCAUUAUCCAAUGUGGAUUCUGUUGCAUGUGGCGAGUUUCAUACUUGUGCUAUAACUACAGCAGGUGACUUGUUUACUUGGGGUGAUGGAGCUUAUAAUACUGGACUUCUUGGCCAUGGUAUUGAGGCCAGCCAUUGGAUGCCUAAGAGAGUUUCUGGACCUUUGGAAGGAUUUCAAGUGUCUUUAGUUGCAUGUGGCACAUGGCAUACUGUACUGGCUACUUCAAAUGGAAAAAUAUAUUCAUUUGGUGAUGGUUCAUUUGGUGUUUUGGGCCAUGGUGAUCGAGAGAGUGUUGCUUAUCCCAGGGAAAUCGAAUCUUUGAGUGGUUUACGAACCAUUAGGAUUGCAUGCGGAGUGUGGCAUACGGCCGCAAUUGUAGAAGUAAUGGGACAUGCUGGUACGAAUGUUGUAUCACGUAAACUCUUUACAUGGGGCGAUGGCGAUGGAUACCGUCUAGGCCAUGGUGAUAAGGAAGCAAGAUUGGUUCCAACUUGUGUUGCAUCACUUAUUGAUUACAACUUUCAUCAGUUGGCUUGCGGACAUAAUAUUACCAUUGCCCUCUCAACUUCUGGGCAUGUUUUCACCAUGGGACAUUCCAUGUAUGGCGAGCUCGGAAAUCCACAAUUUGAUGGUAAAGUUCCCUGUUUAGUGCAAGAUAGAUUAGUAGGUGAGUUAGUUGAAGAGAUUGCUUGUGGAUCCCAUCAUGUUGUGGUAUUAACUUCACGAAGUGAAGUUUAUUCAUGGGGAAGAGGUGCUAAUGGAAGACUAGGACAUGGAGAUACUGAUGACAGAAAGACACCCAUUCUUGUUGAAGCUUUGAAAGACAGGCAUGUUAAGAGUAUCUCUUGUGGCUCUAAUUUCACAGCAUGUAUUUGCAUGCAUAAGUGGGUAUCUAGUGCUGACCAAUCGGUCUGCACCGGCUGUCGACAAGCAUUUGGAUUUACUAGAAAAAGACAUAAUUGCUAUAAUUGUGGUCUAGUAUAUUGUCAUGCUUGCAGUUCCAGAAAAGUUUUGAAAGCUGUAUUGGCACCAACUCCAGGCAAACCUCAUCGGGUAUGUGAUUCAUGCUAUUCGAAACUUAAAGCUGCGGAAACUGGUAUGCCUUUGGUUGUUGGUAGAAAUAAUGUGAUUUCUCGUCAAUCUAUUGAUACUAGGGAAAUGUUUGAGAAGGGAAAAAUUAGAUAUUCAAGGCUUUUACUUGUUCCUAAGGAGUUGGGAAGAUAUAAUGAUAUUAGAUAUAGUAAGAAUCAACGAACUUCAAACCGAAUUUCUCAAGUUUCAUCUCGUUCACAGCUAAAAGAUAUUGCCUUCCCAAGCUCAUUGAGCUUACUUCAAACGACUUCAAGGCCAAUCAUGACACCGACAGCACCUCCACCAUUGCCUGCUGCAAAUUCUAAGUUUGUAACUCCAUACUCAUGGAAGCCAAACCCUUCACUAUCUACAACUCCUGAUUUUUCUGGAAACUUAAUGGAGACUAUAAAGAGGACUAAUGAGCACUGGGAUAGAGAAGUCCUAAAGCUGCAAGGGGAGAUCAAAAGUCUUAAACAAAAACUAGAAAUACAAGAUGCAGUUGCACAUAAUGUUUCAAAUGAAGCUAAAGAAGUUUUUGUAGCUGCACAAGAAUCUGCUAAGUUUAAUGCUGCCAUUGAGCUUAUCAGGACAAUUGAAGCCCAGAUGAAGGAUGUAGCUCAGAAAGUCCCUAAUGACCUAGGUGACAACAUAAAAUCAAUGAUUAUUUCAGCAGAAUUGUUUCUAGAAAAUAACAAAACCCGAGCUUCAGAGCUGCCUUCAAGUGCCACACCAAGCAUAGAGUCUCCUAAUACUCAAGUACAUCAGAAAAAUGGCUUUGAAAACUCUACCGAUGACAAUGCUCAAAAUAAUAUUAAAUCGGUCAUUAAUGAUAUCAGAGUUACUGCAGAUCACCAAAGCAUGGAGAGUAGCUCAAGGUCACCUCGAGCUUCUAAAAGAAUAAUUAACAACAAGGGAGAAGUAGAAUUGAUGGAGCAAUUUGAGCCUGGUAUAUAUGCGACUCUUUUGCAGUUACUAGAUGGCACUAAGCUCUUCAAAAGAGUCAAAUUCAGCAAGCGAAGAUUUUCCGAGCAGGAGGCAGAAGAUUGGUGGAAAAAAAAUCAGGAAAGAGUGUUCAGAAAAUACAAUUAUUCUAUUCCUAUUAGCUCGAAUGAUUCUUCUAGUACACCUUAAUAUAUAGUAGAUGCAUUCUGGAAAGUGCUUAUGAAAACGUUGCACUCGCCUUGGGAACGAUGCAAGAAGGCACAUUGUUUUGAAGGUGAAAAUCAUGAUAAAUUUUUAUUUUUUUUGAUAAGAUCUAUAUUUUUGUUUAGGUAGAGCAUUUAGAUGACGAUAAUGUUCGAAAGUGAGAGCAUUCAUAGUUCUCUCACUCUUUUUCUUCAACAUGUAUAAAGUCCUGAGUUUUGUAUUCUUUUGUAUGAUAGAUAGUUAUCUUAAAGGUAAAAGUUUUAUGCUGAAAAUUGUGAGCAUAUAUUGUCUGCACGCACGAGCUCAUUGUUCUAAUAAUUGGAUAAAUCUACCUUAG